AUGGGUGCCAAGCAGACCAAAGGCCAGGAGCCUGGAGGAGCCAGUCCCCAGCACAGCUGGAAGCGGACUCCCACCAAGGAGCGGGGAGACAUCUUGGCGUCCCUCAUGCUGAAGUCAGGGGACCGGCUGAGCCGUGGGGGGACACCACCGCCUUACCAACGCCGCAUUGGCAUGAUCCAGGAAAUGAUGCUGAUGGCCAAGCAGGGCAAACAAGACGAGGCCACGGAGAUGCUGAAGACCCUCCGACAGGACCUGGGCAUGGAGUCAACAUCUCUGGAUGACGUACUGUACCGCUAUGCCAGCUUCAGAAACCUGGUUGACCCCAUCACACAUGACCUGAUUAUCAGCCUGGCACGAUAUGUCCACUGCCCCAAGACGGAGGGCGACUCUCUUGGGGCGAUGGAGAAGGUUUGUCGUCAGCUGACCUACCAUCUCAGCCCCCACUCUCAGUGGCGGAGACAGGGUCUGCUCAAGAGGAAACCUCAGGCCUGCCUGAAGGCAGUGCUGUCGGCCUCACCAUCCACUGGUGCAUUGGAUCUGUCCGGUAUCCCUCUGACAGCUCGGGACAUGGAGCGUCUGUGCUCGCACCUGCAGCGCCACGCCUCCAACGUGAUCAGCUUGGAGCUGGGCUUCACCGAGCUGACCGACGAGGCGUUCCUCCUGCUGCUACCCACUCUGGCUGUUCUUCCUCACCUGGAGACCCUGGCACUGAAUGGAAACAGACUGACCAGAGCUGUUCUGAAGGAGCUGACCGAUGCCCUGAAGGAUCCAGGCAGUUUCCCCAGCGUGACAUGGAUUGACCUUGGCAACAAUGUGGACAUCUUCUCCCUGCCGCAGCCUUUCCUGGUCAGUCUGAGGAAGCGCUGUCCAAAGCAGGGCAACCUACCCACCAUCCUGGAGUUCGGAGAGAGUCAGGCCAGCGACCCACCCGAGAGGCUGAGGGGUCUUGGGGAGGAGGAGGAGACCGAUGACACAAACCGCACCGAGAGCAUGGGUGACCUCCGGUCAGAAGUGGAAGAGGAACUGGAUGGAGACAUGGAGAUAGAGGACAUGAUGGAGGAGCUGCUGGACUUUGAUAGGGAGGUGCAAGGGAAGGAGGAAGAAGAGGAGAGCAUGUGGACCAUGGAGGAGCAGAGGAAAGUGGGGAGGGGGAGGAGGAGGAGGAGGACAGGGGAGGAGGAGGAGGAGGAGCAGAGGAAAGAGCAGGUGGGGCAGAAGGCAGUGAUGGACGAGGAUGACGACGACACAGAGAGCCGCUCCUCCAGACUGUCCUGCUCCAGCCAGUCACAACACUCCUCCGCAGCCACCGAGCCAAUGAGAGUAGAGGAGGACGACUUGAACGACGACCAAUCAGACCACUUGACCUGA